AUGAAACCCGCCGUCGCGGAGGAGGAGCUGGGAAAUUGCGGCAGCGACGAAGACGAUCGACCUUGCCCGCGCCGCCCUGGAGAUGAUUCAUCUGUUGGCCGGGUGAAAACCGAGGGGAAGGGAGCCAGCUGGGCAAAGAAGGCUGCACAAGGCGCUGCGCAGAUCGACGUGGCGAAGGCGAGUCUAGCAAAGAGGAAGCCUAGAGAAGCCGUGAGGGUAGCGGAGGCGAAGGCCGAAGAGGCUGCGAAGGCAGCGGAGGCGAUGGCCGAGGCGAGGCGGCUGAGAGCAACAUCUGUCCCAGCCAUGCGUUACACUUACCCUACUCCCGAGGAUGAGUACGACACCAGGACCAUGGAAACUAUGCAGAUCAUUUCGGUCAAGGUCGCCUCGAUCAAGGAUCCUUUGCGCUGGCCACUGCAAGUGUUUGGUAUCGUUGCUGUAUGCGAUGUCUUGGAUCACAAGCGCAAUAUAGUAUUCCAGCGUCCGAGGAAUGGCUGCCAAAACAUCACCGAGGAAGAUCCGUACCUUGCAUUGACUGGUCCUAGUCGUGCUGUUGCGGUGUCGAUGAAACCUACAUUUAUCGAGGUUUCACUGAAAGUGAAGGGCGCAACUAAAUCCGAUGAUAAAGAUUUAAGCGAGCUAGUUGUGAACUUUAGAUCUGGAUGCUGGCUCGUAGGUGCUUACCCUAGCAGGCUUAGCACGCUGGAAUUUAAAUACGAUAUCGUUAUGCACUCUGUGGAGGCCACGAUCUGCAUAAAAGUCACUGGUGGGUCGUGGCCAGGUGGUUUCCGAGGCGUAUUCAGCGCGUUCACCACUAGUGCUGCUGACCUGAAAGUCAAGUUACUUGAUUUUGGAGACGAUGGUGGAAUGCCUGUCGAUGCUGGUGGCAUGGUCAAGCUCUCGCGUAGCGCGGUUUCUGUUGGACUCGAGGAGAUUCUGAAAGUGUCUGCCGUGGCAUGUCCUAUAAACGAGGAACGAGUUUGUGAGAGCAGCGAGGCAUCUUUUAAACCUGCAAAGGCCGGUAUAAGCCACUCUGAUGUUGAGCUGAAGGUUGGCUCUUGUAGUAUGGAAGUCAGUGUUGCCUGGUCACUUUUCUGUUGCUGAUCGGUACCUCGGAUGGUAGAUGCUAACAAGAGAUCUAAACUCGUCUGAUCCGCUGUGCUUAUGUGAUGAUGCAGUGAUAGCUGUUGCUUAUGUGGUGUGUGUUCAGUAGUAU